AUGUUAAAUAUAAUACAUUCAUCAGGCCCCACCAGUAUUGACGGUAAUUUUGGCAAUAUAGUUCCUGCGGUGUCAUACGAUACUCCCAUGGAUCCUAUCACCAAACCUCGUUCAAGAUUAUCGGGCGUUAUUAAGCCUCCAAAAAUCCUAAAUCCCAAUCUUUACAAAGCAUCCAAAGCUUUGGAGUCUGGUCAUUACCAAGAAGCAAAGGAUUGCUUAACACGAUUAAUUAAAUCUUAUCCAAAUAGCUAUUCACUUCGAUGUGAUAGGGGUCUGGCAUCGAAAAAACUUGGUAAUUUAACGGAGGCAUUACAUGAUUUUGAUUACGCUAUUAAAAAAAAUCCAGAAAAAUCACGUGCCUUAUUACUUAGAGGUGAAACAUUUUACUAUAAAAAAGACUAUGAAUCCGCGAAAAAUGAUUUAAAUAAAGGGCUUUCAUCAUUAAAGCCUGAUGAAAAUGAUCGAAUCAACUUUUGGAUUAGCGCAACUAGAAUUUAUGGUGAAAUAAUGGUAUUAGAAGAAAAUUAUUAUGAUGCUUUAGAUUGUUUUAAUAGAGUGUUGAAAUCUUCUCCAUGUGAUUCGAUGACCUUACAAGCACGUGGCCAAAUAAACAUUAAACUCCAAAGAUACUUGGACGCUCUUGAUGACUUUAAUGCUUUUUUAAAAAUUGAAUCAGAUAAUCCAGAUGUUCUAAGUUCAAGGGGUUCUUUAUAUAAAAAACUCGGAAGAUAUGACGCCGCAUUAAAGGAUUAUACGAAUGCAAUGAGGUUAUCAAAACGAAUAGAUCUUCAACUUCUCUUAAACCGGGGAAAAAUUUAUCAAGCUCAAGCUCGGUAUGAAGAUGCAUUAAAGGAUUUUAAUGAACUUUUAAAGUUAAAGUAUUCAGAUGUUGCAAGAAUUUUUAGAAAUCGUGCAAGAGCUUAUAGAUGUUUGUCACGUUACCAAGAAGCACUCUCAGAUUACACUGAGGCGAUUAAAUUUGAUAGAAAAGCUUCGACUUAUAGGAAAAGAGCUGAAAUCUAUCAUACUUUAUUACAGCCUACUGAGGCUUUAUCUGAUUUAGAUCAAGCAUUAAUAAUCGAUCCACUUGAUAAAAGUGCUGAAUCUCUACGUAAUCAAGUUUACGCGAUACUGAAAAAGUACGAUAACGCGUUAGAUGGUUUGAAUAAAAUAUUAAACGAUAAUCCAUUUGAUAUUACAUCACGUGUAAACCGUGGUGAUGUGUUGCGUAAUAUGAAGCAAUAUACAAAUGCAUUGAUUGAUUUAGAUUUUGUUGUAAAAAAUCAACCCAGAAAUGUUAAUGCUCUGUUGAAUCGUGCUAAAGUUCAUCGCAUGCUUCUGAAUUAUGAUGCUGCCCUGGCUGAUUUGAAUGAAGCGAUUGAUAUUGAACUGAAUAACCCACGUUUACUUAGAAAUCGUGGAAAAGUUUUUCUUUUGUUAAAUAAUUAUAAAGCCGCAAAAGAUGACUUUGACGCGUCAUUAAAAUCAUUAUGGAAUGGAAGACCUGAAGGGCACGCAUCUACCCACAGGCAUCGCGGAAGAGCUUUGACAAUGCUUAAAGAAUAUGGGAAAGCUCUUGUAGAUUUUGACAAAUCGCUUUUACUUAAACCAAAUAACGUCAAUGUUUAUUGUGAUCGUGUAGAAACCUAUAUUGCGAUGGAACACAUAAAUGAGGCAUUUCAGGAUCUAAAACAUGCAUUGGAAUUCGAUGGUCAUAAUGCGAAAGCAUUAGACCUUAGAGCUUCUUUAUAUGUGAAACUAAAACAGUAUCAAUCUGCUUUACAAGAUUAUAAUUUAGCGGUACAAUUUAGACCAGAAAAUGACAUUUCCAUUUUAAACCAUCGGGCAAAAACUCUUCAAAUAUUAUCAAAGUGGCAAGAAGCACUUGCUGAUUGGAAUCAAGUAUUAAAAAUUUCACCAAAAAAUGUUGAAGGUUUAGAGAAUAGAGCACAUCUUUUCUUCAAACUUUUAAGAUAUGAAGAAGCAUUAGUUGAUUUGGACAAUGUUUUAAGCAUAAAUCCAACAAAUUUCUUUGCACUUUGCAUCCGUUCCGAAGUGUAUCAUGCGAUUGAACGUUAUGAGGAAGCAUUAGAAGAUCUUAAUAAAGCACAUUCGGCACCAAGUUGUGGAAAUAUGUGUUUUGUACUUAUGAUGCGUGGAGAAGUGUAUCGGGCCUUGGGAAAAAAUAAGGAAGCAAUGUUUGAUUUGAGUAAUGCGAUAAAGUUCAAGCAAACAAAUGAGUUAAACACAUGGAGUCGAAUAAAAGCAUACGAACGUCGAGCAGUACUUUAUAGAUCUAUGGAACAAUAUCAAAAAGCGCUUGAAGAUUUAAAUAAAGUACUGGAAGCAGAUCCAACGAAUUUUAUCGCGUUAUGUGAAAGAAGUAUUAUUUUAAGAGAUGUUGUUCGUCGAUACGAUGAGGCAUGGGAUGAUUUGGAAAUGGCUUUUGAUACGAAAGAGGAUAAUUUUGCAAAAGAUUUUGUCGUUAAAGAGUUACUUAUUUACGAGGCAUAA